CUUUUGGGUGUGACCAUACAAGCCCUGGUAUAUAAGCUGGAAAAGAGACCACGGGUGUCUCAGAGGAUUUCUCCUUCAGAUUGGAUCCCCCUUUGAAGGUCUAGAGAUGUUUCUCAUCACUUGCUUCAUCUUUGGUGUCUUGGGCAGCCUUACCUGGGCAGGUCCAAAGGUUCGGACCGUCUGCCCUCCUGGCACCUUUGCUGAUAAAGACGGAAGCCAGUGGUAUUGCUACAAGUUCUAUGAAGAUCGGUUCACCUUUACUGAUGCUGAGGAAGAGUGUCAAUUCCAAUGGAGAGGCCAUUUAGCAUCUCUGACAAAAGACAAGCAGGUCAAAAGCAUCGGUGCUUAUGUCACCAAAGAAAACCUGGAGGGUGAUUUGGUCUGGAUUGGACUCCAAUAUAUGGAAACUGGAUGGCGCUGGACUGAUGGGACACGAUCCACGUAUAAAAAGUGGAGCUGUGAUGAACCCAAAAUUGAGUUUAAAAAUGACACUUGCGUCGGUCUCUCUCUUGCAUCUGGGCACAAGAAAUGGGUUGCUAAAGGCUGUGGCCGCACAUAUCCUUUCCUCUGCAAAUGGAAACCCUUUUAAGCCAUGUCUGAAGAUGGAGUUAGGGGGGCUCCCCAUUGAACGGAAACCUGAGCUGAGAUCUUUUGAUUCCAUCUUCUCCAUGUGCAAAAACGCCUUUUCCAGAAAGACCAGCUGAAUGUCACGCAGUUGGUUCCUCUCUGUCCUCUGAACUUGCUUCUCUCCUCCUCUUUCUGAAGAAUGUGCCCCUCCCUUGAUAAUAAAGUCUGUUGCUCUGCC